CAUUUGGCACUACUAGUGCGAGUUCGGCCUAUCCUAACGUUGCAGCAAAUAGUGUCCGCUCCCUUGUGUAGCUUGAUCCAGUCGGCGACCAAGGCUACAUGCACAGAUUGGCUUCAGAGGAGGGGUCCGUGACGAACCCGCCGAUCUACAUCAAGGAAGCACCUCAAACGCCAGAUUUCAUGCCAGGUGUUCCUAUUUACAACAUCCUCCUCUUCGGGCCACGACGGUCCGGUAAAAGCACCUUUCUUGAAGCGAUCAAAACAUAUGCAGAUUCAAGCUACCAGAUCAACUACGGGGCUCUUGAUGCCUUUCGCAGAGCAGAUUUACAGGUUGAAUCGGUUGAGACUGACUUUCCUGAAUACCGACUGCACUUAAAGAAGCCCAAUUCGCAACUAGAGGCUUUGCGCGAUGAAGCCGAUAUCACAUCGUUCUUUAAUCCAACACCGGGCAUAACUGUCGAGACUAUUAAGGGAGAUUCUAAACUUCCGAAGAGCGUCCUCCGCAUCUUUGACACCCUUGGACUGGAUGACACCGACAGCCAUGACGAGGCAAACGUCGCCAAGAUCCUUUCCAGACUCUCCAAUGUUGAGUCUAUUCACCUCGUACUUAUCUUUAUAUCUCGACACACGGCUCUAACAUCUGAGCUUCAGUCGACAUUGAAAACCUACCGCAACAUUUUCUCGGCUAUGGGAAGCCUGCUCGCUUUCGUCCACACCAAGAUCGAUCUCAGAGAUCAGUACCUUAAAGACGAAAAUCUUUGGAGCCAUAUCGAGCAAAAAAAAGGAAUCUUGGGUGCGACCAUGGGCCGCGACAUCCCGCACUAUCUCAUCGACUGCGAACUAGACGAGAUACGGCCCGCAUAUCUGUACCUCAGACAACUGAAAAUUCGCCAGACACUCCUUCUCGCAAAAUUCAACGUACCCGUCCCUAUGCACAACUUACAGGUGACCAAGACCCCGAGGAUGACGGAGAUCGACAAUUUGGUCAUCCAGAAAUCCAAAUGUAGGCUGGCAGAGAUCGAGAAGGCCACGUCUCCAGCAAAUCCGAACAUCUGCAAUGUCGACUCUAAAAUCAUCAAGACCCGAUACGACAUUCGAGAGCAUGAGGAGUACAUUCGAAACCACAAUACCGACGAUGUAGAGCUCAUUCACGAGGCCUAUUUUGAACAAGCCUGGCACCUUUUUUCCAAGCGAGAUGAGGCAAGACUCAAAGCAAAGCAUCUUGACGAUACCAUCGACGACAUCCGCGUGGAGCUCUCAGGGGUAGAGAUCAAGAAAGAAAGUGGGGGUAAGGGCUUCAACUAUUGGAGCGUGAGACUCAUCAGAAAGCAUUACAUGAACGGGACUUUCCAUGCCAAGCUGUACACCACGCGGCAUAAAAAGUAUCGUCAGGAGUUAUGUGAAUGGGAUAUCAAACUUGAUGGCGCGAAAACAAUUUUGGAAGGCUUGCAUCGCGAGCGGAAACUCUUGGAUAGUGCGGAUAUAGGAGAUGACGCUACCCAGGUUCAAAGGCAGCAGCUAUCGGCAGACCAGAGUCGGUAUUGGAACAUUAUUACCCGUGCAUCUCGUCUUGCGCUUCAUCUAAACCUAUUCAAGGCCAUUGUGGAGGCUGGAGUUUAUGAGGGACGCCCUGUAGAUUGUGUGCAAAAAGUCAUCGAUUUUUAUUCAGUCUACAGACCCAUGGAGAGUGAAGAGGCAAUUCUGAGACCAGAUGAGUCGCAGCCGGAGGCGCCGUAGUCUACAUUAGUUCUCGAAUGGUGGACACGCAACAUCCUCAUUCUGCGGUCGGUCCGCUUUCUUUGAUAUCGAAACACAUUAGUUGUCAGCAAUAAAUACGAAAUCACGCAGCAGUACAUUGGCGGGAAUGAGCGGAAUAUGUGGCCAUGUGGAUCUAUGGAUCAGAGCGCUGAUUACAUAGCCUUGAGCAUGAGUAUGGCCUCGACCGCAUCAUCCAUAGCUUACUGAAUUG